AUGCAGAUCAAAGAUCACGUGUUCUACGUCACUGGUGGAGCGUCCGGCCUCGGUGCUGCCACGAUCCAGCAUCUCCACGCUCUCGGUGCCUACGUUUCGAUUAUGGACUUGCAACUCGAAGCUGGUCAAAAACUCGCCGAACAACUCAACUCUUCCUCUUCUGGCGGAGCAAAGCGCGCAGCAGCCUUCGAAGUUGAUGUGUGCUCCGAAGAGGCGAUGAGAACCGCCAUUGAAGGGUCCGACAAACUCUGGCCCAACGUCACUGUCGGAGGUUGCGUCAACUGCGGUGGAGUCGGUAUGGCAGGCAAAACCAUCGAUCAAAACGGUGAACCAUUUGAUCUCGACACCUUCCGCAAGACCGUCGAAAUCAACCUUAUCGGAACAUUCAAUGUCUCUCGUCUCACCGCAGCACGUCUUGUCCGCGACUUGCCAAAGCCAAUUGCCAAACCAACAGAAGCGACAAAGGAUCUCGGUGUCAUCAUCAACACUGCUUCAGCGGCUGCAUUGGAGGGUCAGGCUGGUCAAUGUCCCUACAGCGCAAGCAAAGGUGGUGUCUUGUCUUUGAGUCUACCCAUGGCGAGGGAUCUAGCGUGGUUUGGUAUCAGGGUGAUGACACUGGUCCCGACGUUGUUUGAGACACCCAUGAUGGCGCAAUUGCCAAAGAGAGCGAGAGAGGCCAUUUUGAGGACAUGCGAGUUUCCAGCGAGGUUUGGUUAUCCGGAGGAGUUCGCACUGGCUGUGCAGGGGGUUGUUGAGAAUAGUAUGCUCAACGGCUCAUACAUUCGUUUGGAUGGCGCUUCUCGUCUCGGCAAGCUCUAG